UGCACACCUGAGGAGAAUUAUUUCGCAGGUCGGAGCGAGAAAUGAUGCUUCCGCGCCAUUGGGAGGGAUAACGAUUCGAUUCCACGCCGGAAACAUGGCUCCCCGAUUAAAUAUCUUCCAGGGGCUUCAGUUAAUCUCUCUACGCCCGUCCCCCACCUCCUCCACAUUAUUGCCCAACUCUAUACGAUGUUUCUCUACGACCUCCCCCUCCUUCAACUGGCUGAUCCCAAAGCACCGCGAGAAAAGGAAAUCGCAAAAAGGCCGGCCUCGGAUGCCAACUGGUGGUUCCUCCCGUGGAACAACAGUCAUCUGGGGCGACUAUGGCCUUCGUAUGAAAGACCAUGACCGUCGAGUGUCGGCAGAUCAACUGAAGACCGGCUAUGAAACGAUCCAGAAACGGCUCAGAGGCAUGAAAUACAAGUUCUACCCGCGAGUAGCUGCCAACAUCGGUGUAUAUACGAAAGGUAACGAGCAGCGUAUGGGGAAGGGAAAGGGUAAAUUCGAUUACUGGGCUGCAAGAGUCGCGGUUAAUCGAAUCAUUUUCGAAUUGAAGGGGGAUAUCCACGAGAAAGUAGCGAGAGAGGCGUUUAGAUUGGCAGCCGCCAAGAUGCCUGGGCUUUAUGAAUUCGUGAAGAAGGGCGAUCCUCCUAUGGUGGGCCUUACAAAACUGCAGAAUGGCGUUACGCUGGAAUCAUUGAAGAGGGCGCGGAGAGAAGUUCCGUUGAAUUCGAAGGCAGCACAACCACCACCGCCGGAGGUUUCCGCACCUGCGCAAUCGCAAUAAAUUCUUUCCGUUUUUCUCCGUGUACAUGUACAUUACGGCGUUAAAAUAUCCAUGUGUCGAAUAGAAGAGCUUUCCCAAUAAAAAAAUUGGUGUGCAUUCUUACUUGCCGCAAAAUAACGUGGCUCAUGUCUGGAUAUUUGAAGGGGGCAUCCUGGAAUAGACAAUGGGCACAUUUGGGAUUCCCAAUAAACAGAGGAAUAUAUAAACAGAUUUUGUAUAACCGGAUUCUAAAGAUUGGCAAUGGCACAUUGCUAUCUUUUUGCUUUCGAUAGGCGUUGCUCCACCCUGCGCAGCGCACGAUCAAACCACAGCGUAAGACUAAAAAAUCACAGCAAUGACCCUGAUCCCAAUUGCACGGUUUCUCAGAGCAAACCAAAGCCACAGCCCCAAAACGCCAGAUACGCCAUGCGUUAACGACAUGGAAGAGAUACGAGUGCUUAGAAUUCGAGGCCCAUUAAGUAGCUACCACAUUGUUAGUUGGGGAAAAUAGCUGUUCUGCAAUGAAGCUUACCUCUCGAGUACUCGCAUAAAUUUAGCAACAAACGCUUCCAGAUGAAAUAUAACCUUCUGUGAAGUAAUAUCUAUUAGCAUGUUAUCCUGUAGUGGUGAUCUCAUUUCUUCAUGAACGUACGCUUCCAAGCUUUAUCCUAUGUUCGUAGAAAGCUG